GGUAAAGUUUGCAGUUUUGAAAUUCUAACCAAGGGCGUUCCAUUCGAAGUCGAUGAAAAAGGCGUCGUCAAGAACACAGAACCACUGGACCCAGCAAAACAAGAGGUGUGGCAGUUUUCCGUGGUGGCCAAGUCAUGUGACCCCCAUGACCUUCCGUCUGACGAGGUCAAGGUUAUUGUCAAGGUCAAACCAGCUUGUCAGGCCGAGUGGAUUGGUAUUAGAGAACGCAUGGAUUUCUCUCCACACGAUGGGAAGAUCUUGAUUGCCCCUGAAGCCGAACUUGACACAUGUGACGACAAAUGCAACGUCACCAAGGCUACUGUCUCCAUCAAACUCAACACAGAACACAUUGGCAAGGGAUGUGACCGAGAUACGUAUUCACUUCACUCCCAGAGGAAAUUAUGUGGAGCUAAUCCAGAGGCAGUUGACCUGUUACCUUCACCUUUGGCCCCUGACUCCUGGACCCGCAAUUUGCCAACGGACGAUGGAAAGGAAAGCGAUGAGGUGUUCGCGUUUGAUGGAAAACAUGACUCCGUCAUCGUUCCCUUGCAGAUUAAACUAGGCAGAGAGUUCAGCAUAUCGACUUGGAUGAAACACGACGACGACGAUGAAGACGAGGGUGAUAGCGAGAGUAUACAUCGUAAAGAGAAUAUUCUCUGCAUAUCUGAUAAUGAAGAAAUGAAUCGCCAGCACAUGUCCUUAUUCGUACGUCGUUGUCACCUGGUACUGCUGCUGCGUCAAGAGCCUGACUCUGGCCUGGAGCAAGAUGGAUUUGCUCCGGCUGAAUGGAGGUGGUCUCUGCCAGAGAUCUGCGAUGGCAGCUGGCACCACUACACCGUCGUCGCUCCGUUGCCGAGGGCCAAAUUGUUUGUUGACGGGAAGGCGUUCAUUGAGAAUAAGAAGAAUUUCAACGUGGUUAACGACUUUCCGAUGCAUCUGACCAAGAAGGUGCAUUCGACGAAGGUUGCUAUCGGAGGAUGCUGGAUGGGCGGCAUGCAGCACGUAAGCAACCACUUCAAAGGAUAUUUGGCGGGACUCUCUCUCCUGAACAACCGUGUGGAGUCAAACAGUGCCAUCCAGUGUCUCACCAGGUGCCAGGAGAAGUUGGAUUUCAAUGCUGUUGAAGAUAUGGACUCUGGCAUGGCGGUCUCAAUGAACAGUGACAUGACCUCGAUAACCAUCAACGGACCCUCCCUUAAAAAUGUUGAGACUCUCUUAAGGAAGAUCAGCUACGUGAACACUAGGAACUUCCCCACUCCUGGACACCGACCUGUCACCUUUGAUACUGAACUUACCUGCUCGAACGGUCGCCACUUGGAGGUUGCGCCACUGAAGUCGUUGUUGAUCGUCAGUCGCGUCGAGAAGCCAGUGAUAACGUUGAACGCCGUUCUGAACAUCCAAGAAGAGGCGGAGGAGAUCUCGAAAGGUGUUGGCUUCCUCAAGGAUUUCCAGAUUUUUGCACAUUCGAAGAACCAGGCUGAUGAAUACAACCUGGACUCCUGUUCAAUCCACAUGCCAGAUCCUCUCUCCUCCCAACUCGAGCAGAUCAAACCGCCACUCGACCUCGUCAAACAGCUGGGUCUCAAUGUCAAGGUCACUGGGAAUGGAGUAGUUAUUAGCGGAGUUGACAAAUUGGAAAAUUACGAGCGUGUGUUAAGUGGAACGUUGUACGCCCACGCGAACCCACUAAACUUGAACCAGCGCAAGUUCAAGGUCAGCUGCUCGGAACUCAACGGACGAUAUUCUAGUAAUGUUCUCGAAGUCGUGCAACCUGAACCACAGUCCUCACUAAGUGACAAGUUAGUUCAACCCGCCGGGAACGUGCAGCCAUCGGUCGAUAAACAAGGUCAAGGUGCUCGUUUGAAGGCUGUUACUACUGGCCAAUCAGCUGCGGCGGGAGUGGUGAUUGUCUGCAUCAUCUGCAUCGGAUUCAUCGUCCUCCUGGCUACUGUCGGCAUCUCUCGCAUACGGAACGCUCAGCGUCACAGCAACGUCUCUGGACUGGAGGAUAAACAGGAAAUGGAAUGGGAUAACUCGGCGCUGACCAUCACUGUUAACCCGAUGGAUCAAGAGCAUCAUCGUCGUCGUCGUCUCCAUCACCUACGUCAUAAUGAUGAUGACGAAACUGACGUAGAGGAGGAAGAUGAGGAGGAGGAGGUCGUCAGUGAUGAUCACGAAGAUGACGAAGAUGGUGACGGAGUGAUGGAAAGUAAAAUGAAGAAAAGCGAACUGGAAUGGGAUGAUUCGACGCUGAGUUAUUGA